AUGAAGAAAGAACCCGACGAUGAGGUGGUCAUCGUUGGCUUUUCGAUUCAAGCUCCCGGUUGUGGGGAUAACAAAGAGUUUGCAGAGCUUGCUUGGAUGUCAAAGGAUCCAAUCGUAUCAAUCACCGAAAAACAUUCGCAUUUGUGGGAGAUUCAACAGCGAAAACCGGAGAUUCGAGCCGGAUUUGUCGAUCAAGCAACUGCCUUUGACAAUGAGUUCUUUGAGAUUCCUGAGUCAGAAGCACUUUCGAUGGAUCCACAUCAACGACUAGCCAUUGAACAAACUGUACUAGCUAUUCAACAUGCUGGGAUAAAGUUGAAUGAAAUUGCACAUUACGAGCCACUCAUCCUUGCCAGCAGUUGGGCUCAUGAUUUUGAGAGAUUACUCCCCGAUAUCGAUCAAUAUCAGCUCACAGGGAAUAUGGGGUCACUUGUGGCUGGAAGAAUCGCUCACCUUUUGAACGUCAAAGGUGGAGCUCUUGGAGUGGAGAGUGCUUGCAGUAGUGGACCAGCGGCGGUUCAUUUGGCAAGGAAUUUGAUGUUGACUGGACAAACGAAAAUGGUUAUCGUGAUCGGAACAAGUUUUCUUGGACCCAGCUCAUUCCUCUCAAUCGACGCGAAUGGUCUUCUCUCACCAAAUGGAGUGCUGAAAGCGUUUGAUAUGGAUGCAGAUGGCUAUGUAAGAUCCGAGGGAUUCUCAGCUCUCAUUCUAUCAACAAAACGAUUAGCUAAAGAAAAGAAUUGGAAAAUUUACGGAACGAUUUCUGGAAGCACCAUGAAUUCUGAUGGAUUAACGAAAUCGAUUGCCUCUCCAAGUCGGAGUGCUCAAAGGAAAUGCCAAGAAGAGUUGCUUGAAGAAGUUGAAUUAAUUUUCGAAAAAGGAGUCGAACAUUUGAUGAAAUGUGCAGAAAGAUUGAAAACACGACUCGAAAAUAAAGAUUUAUCAAGAUCUCCAUUUAUUUUUGCUACCGACGGUUUACGACAUUUAAUCAGUCAAGAAGGAUCCGAUACAUUAUUGCAAGGAAAUCCAGCAAUCAUCAGUGGAAAGCUGGCGGCUGUUCUUGGAGUGAAAGGACUCGUUUCUGUCGUCGAUAACACUUGUACUUCAGUGCACGUGGCUCUAGAUGUUUGCAUGAAAGAAAUGGAGAAGCAAAAUAGCAACUAUGGAGUGAUAGCAGCUGCGAGAUUUGGCUCACCAAAGCAAAAUUUAGAAUUCUACGCACCAAUGACAAAAUCCUACGAUUCGGAUCGUGGCGGUUACUGUCCGCAAUCGGUUUUUGGAAUUAUUUUGCUGAAAAGAAGCGCAAAGAAACCGGUGGACAAGCUUUUGAUUAGCGAAAUUGAUUUGAGAUUCUCUGGAUCAACAAUGUCACCGAGUUAUAAAAUAAUAGAAAUAGUGAAGCCUUUGAGAAAAUCAGUGAGAUAUAUGGAAAUGCACGGAACGGGCACUCUAAUGGGCGACGAUUUCGAGACAAAGCUGGCCGUUGCUCGAUUGCAGGACCAAGCAACCAUUGUUGGCUCGAUUAAGUCCUCCGUUGGGCAUACUGAGGCAGCUUGUGGCUUGCUACAACUUGUGAAAUUGGUGAUUCUCUCAAGAAUGAGCCGAAUCCCACACCAAAUCCAUUUACAAUUGCCAUUGCCGGCUAUGAGAAAAGCGAUAAAUUUGAGGCUGCCAUUUGUUCAUGAAGAGAUCCCUGAAGUUUUUGAAUCCAGAGAAUCGCAAAUCGAUUUCGACUUUGCUGUGACUUGUUAUGGGCUAAGUGGCACGGUGUCACAGAUGAAUUUGAACAGUUUCAAGACUUUGAAAGCUCAGAAAAUCGUUCAGAAUCAAUAUUUCCUUUUCCCGAUCAUUAAUGAAACGGAUGAAGACGAAAUAUUCAACGAAAAGCUUUCUCAAGCACUUGAAAAAGGAGAUAUUGAGCUGAAGAUUGCACAAAAAAUUCUUUGCACGCGAAAAAUGAAAAAUGAAAUGAAAAACUGCGAAAGUUGUGAGCGAAAGUUUACUGUGACAAACUCGAGACAAAUUUUGGGAAAAGAUCUAUCGGAAAAUCCGUUAAAUCCCAGUGUUAAUGCAAUUGUUUUUGAUCUAAGCGAUGAAGUGAUUUUGCUGGACUUUUGGAAGAAUUCUGAUCAAUUUAAGAAGUUCUUCAUUCACGCUAGCAAAAGAUUACCGCAAAGUAAAACCUCUUGGAUUGUCGCCGCGAGUUUUAGCAUUUCGAAAUUGACCCAGAGAAUUCUGAAAAGUCAAAUAUUUAGCGAAGGAGCUGCUUGGAUUGGUCAAUUUUUAGCGGAGACGGAAGAUUUUGAAAAAGCUUCAAAAUUCGUGCAAGUUUUCGGGAAAACAAGAACCCAGCUGAGGCAAUGGUUGAAUGAAAACAAAAGCUAUAAAAGCUUUGAAGAAGAAAUCUUGAAAAACUUUGCUAACAAAACAAAUCAACUGAUCAUUUGCUCAGAGAGAAAUGACUCUGAAGACUCUGAAGCGAUUUCUGGACGAUUUUUUAGAGAUUAUCUCCUUUUUCUUGGCUCACAAUUCGUUGAUGGGAAGGAUUUAAAUUGGAAAUUGUUGAAUAAGACAAAAGACUUGGCUGCAGAAGCAGAAAAAUGGCUGGACAUUUUGAAUGAUGACGAUUCAUCAACAAAAGAUUUCUUCUUAGGCAUUGAGGAUCAUUUGAUUCUUGGCGAAAACAUUGUGCCAGCUGUUGUUUGGCUGAGAUUACUGAUAGAGGAAUUCUCGGAUUACACGAAUAUUCAAAGUAUCACGAUCAAUAUGAAAUGCACGGCUAGUAAAGCUAGGGAUUUCUAUAUCGAUCGAGGGCAAAUCAUUGUCAACGCAGCUCCAGUCGUCUCGUAUGUUGUGGAAAAGCACGAAAGAGUUUCCGAAAGUAUCGUCGAUUUGGCGAAGACUAGCUUCAAGAAUUUGACACGAAAUACGGCGAAUCAAAUUUAUUCGAGCUUUUUGGGAUACGGAUAUCAGUAUGGAUGGGGAUACAAAGUGCUGGAAGAGGUCUCUUUCUCGGAAAACAGCUACGGGAUCUUUGCGCUAAAUAAUUUUGAGGUGAAUCGUGACAUUGCUCCCCUCGAGGCAGCCCUUCAAGCAGUCGUUUUCAGUGUUCUUUCCCAAAACGAUUUCACUCUCGUCUAUCCUUUCCAUUUUGAAGACAUUUCUCUUUUUGGAGAAAUCUCUUCAGCUACGAAAGGCUAUUUCAAUUACACAUUUAAAGGCGGAUUGCUAAGCUCAACGAUUUGUCUGUUAGAUGUUCACGGAAAGCUUGUGAUCUCAUUCCAAUGUUUAUUCAAAUCCGGGACACAAUCGCUGAAAUUUGCGAAACCAAUAAAGAAUUUGAAGCGGCAACACUCGAUUCAAAGCCGGAGUACAAAAUUGAUUGAAUUGAUUAAGAAAGAGAUUUUAUUAUUGGCUCCAAUGAUCCAAAUCAACAACGAUAUUGGUUUCUUUGAGAUGGGAUUGAACUCAUUGCUGAUCACAAAACUUGUCACGAGUUUAAAGAAAAUCGGUUUAUCAGUGGAUUUAGUCGAUCUUUUCAACUACACAACAAUUGCUGAGUUGGCUGAAUUUUUGGAUAGUACAAUAUCCGAUGAAAUUUUGCACGUGGAUGAAGACGAUGAGUUGAUUGACGAUUCUGAUGACUCAACCAUUACCGACACAAACUUUCAAUCGAUUGAAGACUUACAAGGAAAGCAAAAGGAUGAAAGCUUUGAGAUUUCCAUCGUAAGUUCAUCUUGUCGAUUGCCAGGAUCGAUAAAAGAUCCGCAAGAAUUCUGGGAGUCGCUUGUUAGUGGGAGGAAUUUCAACUCCAGAAUCCCAGCUUCAAGAAUUCCCACAAGAGACACUUUAAUUAAGGGAAAAAAGUAUGGAAAAUCGCUUGAAGGUGGGUAUUUUAUUAGCAACAUUAGAAGCUUUGACAACGAAUUCUUUGGGAUUUCAAAGAGUGAAGCUUCCGUAAUGGAUCCACAGCAAAGAAUCCUGCUCGAAUGUGUUUACGAGUGUCUUGAUCAAGGUCAAUCCUUAGCAAAUAAGAAAAUCGGUGUAUUCCUUGGAUUUAUGGGCACAGAGUAUCCAGAUUUAAUGCUGGAUCGGACUGACGCUUUGUCGAUGUUGAGCUCAGCAGCCUCGGUGCUCAGUGGACGGAUCAAUUACGUUUUUGGCCUCACUGGUCCUUCGGUAACAAUAGAUACAGCUUGUAGUUCUUCACUGAUUGCUGUUGAACAAGCUAUUGAAUCUUUAAAAGAAGAUAAAUGUGAGUAUGCUGUUGUUGCAGGCGUGAAUGUCAUUGUUACAGAAAGGGGAUUGGGACAAAGAGCAAAUGGGGGAAUGCUCUCACCGAAUGGAAUCUGUAAUACAUUUGAUUCGGAAGCGAAUGGAUAUGCGAGAGCUGACGGAUGUGUGGCUCUUUUGCUAUCCAAGACUCUUUUGCUAUCCAAUGGUGGCAUCAGGAUUCUUGAUGUUAAGUCAAACCAUUGUGGAAAGGGUGCUUCACUCACUUCUCCAAAUGGUACAGCUCAAAAGGAGUUGCUUAAAAAGAUUCUAGAUGGAAAGAUUCUAGAUGGAGAAGGAUGGAAGAAUUCUAGAAUUCUAGAAGGAGCUCAAACAGCUCAAAAGGAGUUGAUUGAGAUUUGGGAUUCGCACGGAACCGGGACAAAACUGGGAGAUCCAAUAGAAGUCAAUGUUUUAUCGGAGUUAUUGGAUAAAGCAAUGGUUUCUUCUGCAAAAACUUCAAUUGGACAUGGAGAAGCUGCAGCUGGAGCAACGGGUUUACUCAAAGCUUCUUUACAACUUGAACACCAAUAUUUACCUCCAACUCUGCAUUUCUCGAAUUUGAAUGGAUUGAUCAAGAUGGGAAAGCUGGCUAUUCCAGUGAUCGGUCAAGAAAUCGAAGCUUUAUUUGCUGGAGUGAGCUCGUUUGGAAUAAAAGAGUUGACUUUGAAAAUCUCUCAAUUACCGUUUAAAAUUGAUGCCAUUGUUCAUAGCGCCGGUGUCACUAGAGACGCUCUAAUUCCCAUGCAAAACGAGAAGAAAUUCCUUGAAGUGUUUGAGCCAAAAGUUGUCUCAAUCAAGAAUCUAGAAAUUCUGGAGAAGAAACACAACUGGAAUUUGGAGUAUUUCAUUGUCAUGUCUUCUGUUGCGGCCACUUUGGGAAACAAAGGCCAACUCAACUAUUCUGUCAGCAAUUCGGUGGCUGAUUGGAUGAUGGCCGAGAGAAGACAGAGAAAUUUGAGUGGAUCGUCGAUAAAUUGGGGCAAUUGGUUGGAGACUGGGAUGGCCGUGUCGGUGAAUGAAAUGCUGGGGAAUUUGGGGUUCAAUGGCUUAAAAACGGUGGACUCUUUCGAGGCAUUUGAGUUAGUUUUGAGAGAAAAUUUGCCGAAACUUGUUGUUGCUGCGAUUGAUUGGGCGAAAGUGUACAAAAAUCGAGUGGAUUUAAGGGAUGAACGGGUUUUUGAUGAACAAGGAGUGCUGGAUUUGGGUGAUCCGAAAGGAAAUGAACGUCGCUGCAAUGAGCUGAAUAAAAAUCGACUGGAUUUGAGGGGUAUUUUCAUUGGCUGUGGUCCUUCAGAGUUUAGCCAAAAAGCUCUCUUGGAAAUUUCGGAGCGACCACCUGGUUUAACCACCGGAACACAUCCAAGUGCUUUAGCUGGAAGAAUUGCUCAUUGGCUAAAAGUUCAAGGCCCGGCGGAAUCAAUUGACACAGCUUGUUCAUCUUCGAUGGUGGCGCUGGAGCAUGCUUGUCGAGCAAUCAACUCUGGUUCUUGUGAGGCUGCCAUCGUUGGAGGCACAAAUCUGAUCCUCCAUGAUCACAACACUCAAACACUGCGCAAUGCAAAGAUGCUCUCCGCAACGCAUUGUCGUCCAUUCGAUGCCUCAACCGAUGGAUACACAAGAAGCGAAGCAAUUGUAGUGAUUUUGCUAGGAAAACUCGAGCAUGUCACUCAAUCGCUAGCAAUUCUAGAAUCAAUCAAAAUUGGGCACAGUGGAGCAUCAUCUGCACUCACAGUUCCCAAAACUUCUGCACAAAUGGGACUAAUGAAAGAGCUGGGAAAUGAUGGUUCCACGAUUUCUACAGUUGAUCUUGUAGAAUGCCAUAUGACAGGCACAACUCUGGGCGAUCCAAUCGAAUUAGAAGCCGUGCAAAGCGUUCACUCAAAAGAUAUCCAGCUAACCGGAGCCAAGGCUCUCUUCGGGCACACUGAGCCAGCCGCCGGAUUAUUGUCUCUUGUAACAGUAGCUGAAAAGUUUAAAGAAAUCAUUGUCCUUUCCUCAAUUGCCGCUGUUCAAGGAUCAUUUGGUCAAUUAGCGUACAGCUUUGCGAACGGAAUGAUGUCAAGGAUUGGAGAAAGAUCCGGUCAAAAUGUGAGGAUUUUCCAUCUUGGACCAAUUGAAGACGUUGGAAUGCUUUCUGGAGAAGCUUUGGCACCAAUUCGAAGACAAAUCAAAGAGAAUGGAUGGGAGUUUUUGAGAUCCGAAGAAGUGAUCUGGUCCUUUAUCACAGAAAUCACUGGAAUUGAACGAUCAACAGACAAAAAUAACAUUGGAUUUAUGACUCUGGGAAUCGAUUCUUUAAUGAUUGAGGAACUCCGAGAGAAGUGUCAAUCGAAAUUUGAUCUCAAAAUUGACCCUAUUGACAUCUUUGACAAUCCAACAGUGAAUGGGCUUUGUGAAAUUAUAAAACCGAUUCUGGUUGAUCGAUUGAAGAAAAUCAAUGAACAAUCUGUUGAGGAAGGUACUGAGAACUUGAAUUUUGAGGAAAAAGAGCCGGAAAGCUUCAACGCCGAUCAAAUGGCAAUUAUUGGUUACUCAGGCUCGUUCAGUGGAUCUCGAGAUAUCGAUGAAUUUUGGGAAAAUCUGAGAAAUGGGAAAGAAAUGAUCAUAAGAGAGGAGUCGAAUUUGGAGAAUUUUGUGAUUGCUGGUGGAAUGGCGCCCGGUUAUAAUGAGUUCGAUUUCGAAUUCUGGAACGUACCCAAAGAAGAAGCUGACUCAAUGGAUCCACAACUGCGAACAUUCCUUCAACACGCUUACAAAGCUUUGGAAAGCUCUGGAUUGAUAAGAGAACGUCAGUCAUUGAAUAUUGGUGUUUUUGCUGGUGCUGAGCCGUCUGACUACUUUGAUGCAUCGGAAGAAGCAGAGGGAAGUUUGGUGAAAAUGUUCCGUCAGAAUAUGAAGGACUUUCUAGCGACUUGGACCGCUUACAAUCUGAAUCUAAAUGGGCCGGCGAUUGGGAUUUAUUCAGCUUGUUCUACUUUUUAUUCAGCUAUUCAUCAAGCAGCAAUGGGUUUAAAGACUGGUUCAAUAGAUGUGGCUCUUGUUGGAGCCGCGUCUCUAGCUUUACCUGAAGAUUUUGGCUAUGAAUAUCAGCCGGGAAUGGUUUUGUCGAAAGAUGGACAGUGUCGGCCGUUUAGUCUUGACGCUGAUGGAACUAAAGCUUUGGAAAACUUGAGUGAGAAGGAAAUCGAUCGAAUUCGAAUUGUUGAAUGUCAUGGAACUGGGACAAAGAUUGGUGAUGCAAUGGAGUUGAAAGCGAUGAGAAAACUAUAUGGACAAAGAGAGGUUCUGAUUGGCUCAGUGAAAGCAAAUGUUGGGCAUGGUUUUGCCGGAGCUGGAUUUGCAUCAGAAGUCUUCUACCCAACUUCUGAUAACAAGCUAAUUGAUGAGACAAAAUACUCGCAAGUUGCUCUGUUCACCCUUGAAAUGGCCAUUGCUGCUCAAUUGAAGGAAUGGGGAAUCGAAGCGGAUCUCAUUGCUGGCCACAGUCUUGGAGAAUACUCGGCUCUCACAUUUGCAAAUUGUCUCAAUGAAAGGGAAAUGAUCGAUUUCUUGAAGAAACGCGGAGAACUCUGUCAAACGACUUCUGAAGCAAGAAUGUUAGCAGUAAAGGGAAAGUUUGAGUUGCCUGAUGGCGCUGAGAUCUCAGCUUAUCUCGAUGAAGAUUUCUAUUGUAUCGUUGGACCACCAAAUGUUAUGAAUUCUUUUGAAGAAGCUUUAAAUAAUCAAAAAAUCGAUUUCAAGAAGAUUCGAACACAGCACGGAUUUCAUUCUUACAUGCUAGACCUUCAAUGGCCUUCUUGGAAAAACUCUGGAAUGAGCUCAGAAUUGGGAUCUUCGGCUAAACAACUAUUGUCUCAAGGCUCAAUUUCGACAAGCGAUGGAGUGAAAGCUUUUCUGAGAGCCUGGGAUUUGGAUGGUUGUGUAGCGAAAAUCGAUGAUGAGACGAACUUUUUCACGGCUGGUGGCCAUUCUUUAUUGGCUUUACAACUCGUUUGGGCAAUUCGAGACAAUUUGGGGAUUACAGUCACAGAGAAUACUGUAAUGGAGUAUCCAAUGUUUAAAGAUUUCACUGAAAAAGUGCUUUCCACUAAAGAAAUCGUCAAAAGCAUGGAAAUUAUUGAGAAAACGAAUCGAUUACCGCUUAGUUAUUCACAAGAAAAUAUGUAUCUUUUGUAUGAGCUGAAAUUUGGAGCCAAAUACAAUAUAGUGUUUACAAUUAGCUUUGAUUUAAAGAUAAUCGAAGCUAAGCGAUUGAAUUUCUCAAUUCAACGAUUAAUCGCUGAACAGGAGAGUUUACGAACGAUUUUCAAAAGAGAUACAAAUGGAAUCUAUCAAGAAAUCCUCUCAUUGACUGAGAAAUUCACUGUAAUGGUAGCCGCUUUGGCGUUGACUUUGAGAAGAUGGCAAGACGAGGAUGGAGCUGAGAAAGUUAUCAUUGGAAGUCCGGUCUCUGGAAGAAAAGAAAAAGAAAUGCAGAAUGUAAUUGGAUACUUUUUAAAUAAUAUUGUCAUCUCGAUUGAUGUGAGUUCACAAGAAACUCUAGAAAAUGUGAUCCCGAAAGCUAAAGAAGCUGUAGCAAAAGCGAUGAAAGCUCAACAAAUCCCUUUUCAUGUUUUAGUUCAAAAGCUCAACGUUCCAAGAUCAGGAAGACAUCCGUUGUUUAAUGUUUACUUCAAUUUCAGACAUCAACUCGAUUUCCCGAGAGUCUCCAUCGAGAACACCGAAUGCCCGGUUGAGCACAAUUCGAUGAAUUCGGUCUUUGAUCUCUCGUUGACAAUAGAUGAUACACAAAAUGGAUAUCGCUUGAUGAUUGAGCACAAUGUGUCAGCUCAUCCAGAUGCAAUGAUUGAAGAAUUCAGAAAGGAUUAUUUUAAAGCAAUCAUGGGCACACAAAGAUCAGCUGAUUUUGUAAAGUUUAAGGGUGAAAGAAAGGAAUUCCCAAGUCUUGUUCCAACUAUUUCAAUGCUGGGAAUGGCUUAUGCACCUGUCGAUCCAACGACAACAGAGCAACGAUUGACGGAGAUGAAAUCGGUUGGACUUGGAGAGAACUUUUUUGAGAAAGGCGGACACUCACUUCUCGUCCUUCAGUUCGCCGACGAAUUGACUCAAAAAUUGAAUCGCCAAAUUGAUCACCAAAACAUUUUCAAAUACCCAAAGUUUCGCGAUCUAGCUCAGUCGAUUAAAAUUAUUGAAAAUCAAAAAGUUUUCAAUAAUCUUCAAAUCAUUACAACACUCCGAGAAGCGCAAAAUCCGAAAUACAAUGUUUAUGCGAUUCACGCAAUUGGUGGAUCGAUCUUCCCGUAUUUUGCUUUUCUUCGACUUUUUCCGGAAGAGAUCAGCGUUUAUGCGAUUGAUUACAAGAUCACUUACCCGGCAGAGACUUUUGAUGAACUCGCCGAUCUUUACACGGAAAAGAUUUUGCAACACACCGGCACAAAAAGACCUUUCAUUUUGGGGCAUUCGCUUGGAGGGACUUUAUCGAGAGAAGUGAUCAUGAGACUGAACAAAAGAGGAUUCAAUAUCCAAAACGUGGUCAUGCUAGACACGUGGAAAGUGGCGAAAAGAGCUUUAAAAACGAAAGAUGUUACGAAUUUUAUAGAGGAGACUUUCAAAGGGGUACCAAACAUCGAUAGUGUUGUUCAAAGAGCUCAACGAUUGUCAGAUCUAAUCCGUGAACAUGACUAUCAAUUGAGUGAUUUGCCGAAGAUCCAUCUUUUCAAAGCUGAAAUCUUGGGGAUGUCGGCGUUGAAAAACUCCGUGAGAGCUGACCUCACCGAGGAGAUGGUGCGAUCAAUGAGAUCAAAUGGUUUACAGCAGUUGUCAAAUCAACCAGUAGAGGUCCAUCUGGUGCCCGGGAAUCACGAAUCAAUGAUGUCUGAGGAAAAUCUGCUAACCGUUCGCGAUCAGAUUCUCAAAAUCGCAAACAUUGAG